AUGAAGGGAAGUGGAACCGAUGCCGACGUCUUCUUGAACAUCUUCGGAGAGCAUGGCGAUACAGGAGAGAGAAGGCUGGACAGUGGCAAAGACAACUUUGAACGUGGGUCAGAAGACAAGUUCACAAUCGAAGCUCCAAACCUCGGCAGGCUAAAGAAAAUCACCAUUGGCCACAACAACAGAGGCUCAUCUGCCGGAUGGUUUCUAGAUAAGGUGAUGAUAGAUGAUAUGGGGAAUAAAGAAGUGUAUGAGUUCCCGGUUAAUCGCUGGUUUGCCAUGGAUGAAGAUGAUGGCAAAAUACAAAGAGAUAUAUUGGUUGGAUCCAUGCAGCCUAUGGGAAUUGUGUACAAUGUGCAAGUGAUGACUGGAGACAUCAGAGGUGCAGGAACCAACUCAAAGAUCCACAUGGUCAUGCACGGAGCCAAGGGCAUCAAAAACAGCGGCAAGGUUUUCCUGGAAGGAGGAGCUUUUGAGCGUGGUCUGAUCGACAUUUUCAACGUGGAGAUCUGUGAGCUCAUCAGCCCCCUUAGCAGGAUCACAAUCGGGCAUGACAAUGGUGCCGUAGGAGCUGGAUGGUACUGUGAAAAGGUGGUGAUAUACUGUCCGUUCACGGGCAUCGAGCAGACAUUUCCAUGUGGGAUGUGGCUGGAUGAGGAUGAGGGGGAUGGACUGAUUGAGAGGGAGCUGUAUGAGAUGGUCUCUCUUAGACAGAAAAAGCUCAAAAAAUACCCAUGGUCUCUUUGGAUUUGGACCUCGGACAUUAAGGGGGCAGGCACAGACGCCCAAGUGUUUCUGCAGAUCUAUGGGGAGAGGGGCAAGUCGGAUGAAAUCAAACUGGACAACAACUCGGACAAUUUUGAACAAGGACAGAUUGACAAAUUUGUGAUUGAAAUGCCAGACAUGGGAAAACUGUUGAAACUGAGAAUCUGGCAUGAGAAGAGAAAUCCAUUUGCUGGUUGGCAUUUAGCAAAGGUGACUUUGCUGAAGACCCUAACCAUGGAAAAAUAUUCUUUUGAAUGUGGCCGCUGGCUGGACAUCAAUGAAGACGACAAUGAGAUAGUGAGAGAACUUCCAGCCACAGGAGCUUUUAUUGAUGAGCCACUUCCUUUGAUAAAGUACCGCGUCACCAUCUGCACAGGAACCGUCAGUGGCAGCGGCACCGACGCCAGCGUCUUCCUCAGUGUAAUUGGUGACCUGGGUGACACAGGCGAGCGCCUCAUGUAUAUGAGCAAAAACAACGUCAACAAAUUUGAGAAGGGAAACCACGACGAGUUUCUCAUUGAGUCAGUUUGGUUGGGACAAGUGAGGAGGGUCCGAGUGGGCCACGACGGCCGCGGUGGAGGCUGUGGUUGGUACCUCGAUAAGGUGAUGGUUAGGGAAGAAGGCCAGCCCGAAUCUGCAGCCAUUGAGUUUCCUUGUAACAGGUGGUUGGACCAAAAUGAAGAUGAUGGUCAGAUUAUCCGUGAAUUAGUUCCAGCUGGUGAAGGUCUCCGUCUCUUUAAUGUUAGCUACCACAUAGCAAUAAAGACGGGCAGUGUGAAUGGGGCCAGCUCGGACUCCAAGGUGUUUGUGAAGCUGUACGGGGAGAAGGGAGACACCGACAAGGUCAUACUGGCGGUCUCCGACAAUGACCUGAGUAACUACUUUGAAACGGCACAAACUGACAUCUUCACUCUGGAAACCUUUGACAUCGGAAGGAUCAACCGCCUUCUGAUCGGUCACACCAAUGAAGGUUUGAGGGCCGGGUGGUUUUUGGACAGUGUGCUGAUCUCUGUGCCAGUUCACGGGAUGCAGUAUAUGUUCCCGAGUCACCGCUGGCUCUGCAAGGAUGAGGCCGAUGGAAAAGUGGAGGUGGAAAUCUAUCCCAGCGAGACCAUGGAGAUUGAAAAAUUGAUCAACUAUGAAAUAGCAGUGGUCACCGGCGAUGUGCGUGCAGGUGGAACCAACGCCAGUGUCUUCUGUCAGAUCUAUGGGGAGGAGGGAAAAACCGAAGUCCUCAAUCUCAAAAGUCGCUCCAACAACUUUGAGCGUGGCACCACUGAGAUCUUUAAGAUUGAAGCUUUGGAUGUUGGCAAGAUCUACAAAAUACGGAUCUACCACGACGGGUCGGGCAUUGGGGACGGAUGGUUCCUGGAGACGGUGGACAUCAAGAGGCUGACCAUGGCUUUGGUGCAGGUGGAGGUGAAGAAGGAGGAGGCACCCAAGAAGGAUAAGAAGAAAGACAAGAAAAAGAAGAAAAAAGAAGAAGAGGAGGUGGAAAUAAUUGAGGAGAUGCAGGAAGUGGUGGAGGCUUUUACGUUCACUUGUAACCGCUGGUUGGCGAGAGAUGAGGAGGAUGGAGAAAUUGUGGUUGAGCUGCUCACCGAGGAGAACGAAGACUUGGAAAUGAACUCCUAUGAAGUUCAUGUGUUCACCGGAACCAUGUGGGGGGCGGGGACUGAUGCCAAUGUUUACAUUAAUGUGUAUGGAGAGACUGGGGACACUGGAGAACGGUGGCUCAGGAAAUCCAACCACCUGAACAAGUUUGAGAAAGGGCAGGAGGAUAUUUUUGACAUCACCGCUGUGGAUCUGGGAGUCCUGAAGAAGCUGAGGAUCCGCCAUGACAAUUCACUGGCCAGCGCCGGCUGGUUUCUGGACAGAGUGGAGAUAGUGGACAAUAAAGACGACACAACGUACUUCUUUCCCUGUAAACGCUGGCUGGCUGUUGAUGAAGAUGAUGGGCAGCUUGCGAGGGAGCUGGUCCCUGUGGAUGAAGCUUUCAUGAGGAAAGGGGAUGAAGAUGACGAGGAAGAUUCUGAAGCUACACUGGGUUUAGAGCAGAAAGCCAUGUCCACAACCUACACUGUAAGGAUAAAAACUGGUGACAAGAAGUAUGCAGGAACAGAUGCAAAUGUCUUUAUGACCCUUUAUGGCACCAAGGACGAUACAGGGAUCAUCAACAUGAAGGCUUCAAAGACUCACAAGAACAAGUUUGAGCGGGGAUUGAUAGAUGAGUUCAUAGUAGAAGCUGUUGACAUCGGACCCCUGAAGAAGCUGCGAAUAGGACACGACAACCGCGGCGGAUCCGCUGGGUGGUUCCUUGACUGGGUGGAAAUUGAUGCUCCAUCUAUGGGGCAGAGGCUCCGCUUCCCCUGCGGACGCUGGCUGGACAAAGGGGAGGAUGAUGGAGCCAUCAUCAGGGAUCUUUUUCCUAAUACUCUUCAAACUGAGUUCUACACACCAUUUGUUCCCUAUGAGAUAAAAAAUUUCACCAGCGACGUGUUUGGAGCCGGAACAGACGCAGAUGUCUUCAUUGUUCUGUAUGGGAGAGAUGCAGUGUGUACCCAGCAAAAGUCUCUGUGUGUCAACAAAAGGGAGAGAAGAAUGUACUUUGAGAGAGGAGCGGAGGACAUGUUUAUUGUUGAGCUAGAAGACGUGGGAGAUGUAAUUGAGAAGAUCCGUAUCGGCCACGACAACCGAGGGGUCAACCCCGGCUGGCACCUGGACAGAGUGGAAAUUAGACGUCUGCUGAGGAAGGGAAAGGGAUCAGAGACUGCAAUUUUCCCCUGUGAGCGCUGGCUCGCAAAGUCUGAGGAUGAUGGAGAAACCGUGAGAGAACUGGUUCCUUCUGACAUUAUAACGGAGAAACUCUCCAGAGAUGGUAGCCUGAAGGUGACCGAGGUCGAGGUGGAAGAUGCCCUGGAGACUCACACCUACAACAUAUCCGUGAUGACUGGAGACACGCACGGAGCUGGCACUGAUGCCAACGUCUUCCUCACCAUCUAUGGAGACCUGGGGGACACUGGGGAGAGGAAACUGAGCAAGUCAGAGACAAACAGCAACAAGUUUGAGCGAGGAUCUGUGGAUAAGUUCACCAUAGAGGCAGUUGACCUUGGCCAGGUUUUCAAAAUAAAAAUCCGCCAUGAUAACAGCAUGAUGAGCGCUGACUGGUUCUUGGACCAAGUGGAGGUCUUUGACGCCGAUACAGAAGAGGUCUACCUGUUCCUAUGUGAACGCUGGCUCUCCAGGAAGAAAGAAGACCGCCGAAUUGAAAGAGUCUUCUAUGUCAAGGGUUACGAAGGAGUCAGAGAGAGCUUGAACAGUAAGAAAAUGCCAGCUCUGUCAGUGAAAAGCCUGGACAGUAACAUGAAUAAGAAGAGCAAGAAGAAGAAAGAGGAAGAAGUUGAGCUUCCAAGUAAGACAUUUCAGGAGAUUGCUAUUGAAGAAACAACAGACCUUAAUAAAUGUAUCUAUCUGUCAAGUUAUCCCUACCACAUCACCAUCUGCACUGGAACGGAGCGUGACGCCAGCACUACCAGCAGAGCCUACGUGAUCAUCGUCGGGGUCAGCCACACCCAGACGGAGCGGCUGUGGCUGGACCUGCCGGACGAGACGAAGGGCUUUGAGGCCGGCUCUCUCAAAAACUUCGUUACUCACGGCUCAGAUGUGGGGGAGAUCAAGAAAGUGGAGCUGGGGCAUGACGGGGCCACCCCGGAGAGCUGCUGGCUCGUCGAGGAGCUGUCCGUCGCCGUGCCAACCAAAGGGGUCAAAUAUACUUUUCUUUGCAAGUGCUGGCUGGCCAAAGACAGAGGGGAUGGGUUGACUGCGAGAGUAUUUAAUAUACUGGAUGCAGAAGCCAUUUCUAUCUCCCAGAAGGUUAUAUACGAGGUGACGGUGGAAACAGGAGACAUUCAGGGUGCAGGAACAGACACCCGAAUCUACAUGUCUGUGUUUGGGGCCAACGGCAGCACAGAAGAGAUGCAGCUGCAGAAGAACGAGGACAGAUUUGAGCGUGGUCAGGAGGACACUUUCAACAUGGAGAUCGAUGACAUCGCCCCGCUGAGGAAAAUGAGGAUGCGAAUUGACGGCUCCGGCAGUCGACCUGACUGGUUUCUUGACAAGGUGAUCAUGCGAGAGCUGAGCACAGAGGAGGUGUCUGUGUUCACCUACGAGGACUGGCUUUCCAAGACACGAGGACCCAAAAGGCUCAUGAUUUGUGAGAUGGCUGCUGUGGUGGAUGAAGAAGUGAUGGUGGAAAUCACCACCUACAUUGUCCAAGUCAAGACCAGCGACAUCGCAGGAGCCGGCACUGAUGCCAACGUGUGGAUCAUCAUUUUUGGAGAGAACGGAGACACCGGGACUCUGGCCCUGAAAGAGUGCAACAAGUCCAACAAGUUUGAGCGCAAGCAGGUGGAUACAUUUCGCUUCACCGACAUCCUCAGCCUGGGAGACCUCUCCAAAGUGCGAGUCUGGCACGACAACUCAGGUUUUGCUCCCGGCUGGCAUUUGGAACACAUUGACGUGAAGGAUGAGAUCAUGGACAAAACAUUUCGUUUUCCUUGUGACCGCUGGCUGUCCAAAAACGACGAGGACGGACAAAUCAUGAGGGAGCUCCCCUGUGGGAACAAUGACUACUUAGAUCUGAGCGAGAAGACCAAAUAUGAAAUUUGUGUCACGACUGGACCUGAAGCGGAAACCAAAGAGAACGCCUGGGUUGUACUUGAGGGAAAGAAAGGCAGAUCAAAGGAACUGGUAAUGGAAAACUCCUCAAAGAAGAAGAGGUUCUUAAGUGGAAAUGUUGACAGGUUUGAGUUUUCCUCCAAGAACCUGGGUGACCUCACUGCCAUCUGCCUGGGCCACACACCCAAGGAUGGGAAGAAAGUAAAGGGGGAGGCUUACUGGCACGUGGAGGAGAUCGUUGUGACUGAAAAAGAACUUGGAAACAAGUAUGUCUUCAGCUGCAAUGCCCUGGUUCUGCUCUCUCCAAAGAGGGACGAAUUCUUGACUUUUGAGUGCACUAAAGCCAUUGAGAGCUUUGCAAGCAAAGCUCGCAGCCUCGUGCCUGUCAAGUACGAGAUCAUCGUCAUCACGGGUGACGAGAAAGGAGCGGGCACAGAUGCCAACGUUUUUAUUACUAUCUACGGCUCCAACGGGGAUUCUGGCCGUCGACAACUGCGGCAGAAGUUCCGAAACCUCUUCGAGCGCGAGCAGACGGACCGGUUCGUCGUGGAAAUGCUAGACAUGGGGGAUUUGUGGCGGGUCCGCAUGGAGCACGACAAUUCUGGUCUUAGCCCCGGCUGGCUGCUUGACCGGGUGGAGGUCACCAACACGGCCAACGGUGUCACCACCAUCUUCAUCUGUGGGAAGUGGCUAGACAAAAAUAAAGCUGACGGACAGAUUUUUAGGGUUCUCUACCCAAAAUACUGAGGAAUAUCCAGCAUCCUCCUGUCGUAAAGCUCUGACCAAAGAGGCUCUGCUUCUGACCAAUUUCAUGUCUCAGGUGAUGAAGGAAACUAAAAGUCAUAUUUUGUAUGUAUUUUGUCUGUCGGGAAAAAUGUGCCAUCCUCUUUUAAAUGUGCAGGUUUUGUAAGAAUACAUGUUUUGUUUUCUAGAUGUUUCAAGACUAAUAGAAACUGGAAAAUAUUUUUUGAAUGUAUUUCGUUUUAUAUCAACACCAGAUUAAUAAACACGUUUGAUGGGAACAUCGUCUAAAGA